AUGUCGAGUUUACACGAAGCGUUGAAGCCCAUAUCUUGGCUGGCGGGAACCUGGUCUACUGAAGAAGGCCAAGGCUCAUACCCUAACAUACCGAGUUUCCAAUAUGAAGAGGAAUUGGAAUUUAUUUGCAUUGGUCAACCAAUGUUCAACUAUCUGUCUACAUCAAAACACCUUGAAAAGAAGACUCCGAUGCACCAAGAAAGAGGUUUCCUGCGCAUUAAACCAGGCACCAACGAGCUAGCUUUUAUAGUCAGCCAUAAUAUGGGCCUCACAUCUAUAGAAGAAGGCAAAUAUCAUGAAGAGACUCAACAAAUUACGCUGGAAACCGGUCGAUUAACUCGCAUGUCUUUUUCUAAACCACCCUUUGUAAAGAAAAUGAAACGAACCUUCACUCUGUUAAGUCCCAAUUCUCUAGAAGUUGUAUUGUAUAUGGAGACGGAUACGACUCCGUUGACACAGCACUUGAAAGCUGUAUAUAAGAAGGUGGAAAAGUAA